UGGGGUGCUGGCGUGGGUAACUGCUCAGGCGGUGUGUAUUUUGGGCAACAGUUUUGGCAGCAGGCGCGGAGCUCCGUCUGUUCCGUGUGUUGCUGCGGGGGCAGAGCCCAGCUGCUGUAUCGAGAGUGCAGAUAAGUUCAGGCAAGGCACCAAAAUGAAAGACAUGGACAAUAUCAAAACUGUAAAGAAAGAAUGGAUGUGUAAAUCGGGAACCAAUGACCAGAUGUUGAGUGGUACAGAGCAAAACUUUGACUACUUUGUAGAUAGCCUUUUUGAAGAGGCUCAGAAGGUCAGUGCUAUAUGUAUGCCCCCAGCUACAGUCAAGAACCAGGUUGAUGUAAUUAUUACACUUUGGAAAAAUGGGUUUACGGUAAAUGACAGUGACCUUAGGAGCUACACUGAUGUUGCAAACCAGCAGUUCUUGGACUCCAUUAAAAAAGGGGAACUGCCUUUUGAGCUACAAAAAGGUUUUGAUAAGGAGGAAGUAGAUGUGAAGGUGGAAGAUAAAAAAGACAAGGUGUAUUUGUCAUCAAGGAAACCAAUAUUUCAUCCCUUUUCUGGACAUGGUUACAGAUUAGGAAGUGCUACUCCAAGGAUAAUCUGUAAAGUAAGAGAUGAUCAUCAAGGUCCUGACAACAAGAAACACCUGCCAUUAGUACCCUUAAAUGAUUUGGAGCCUAUCACUAAUGUACAGAUCUGGUUAGCCGAUGGAGAAAGGAUAAUUCAGAAAUUCAACAUUUCUCAUAGAAUAAGUCACGUCAGAGACUUCAUAACAAAGUAUCAAGGAUCAGAGGGAAGUGUUCCCUUCACACUGACUACUUCACUGCCUUUUCGAGAGCUGCAAGAUGAAACACUCACGCUAGAGGAAGCAAAGUUGCAAAAUGCUGUCGUUGUUCAGAGACUACAGAAAGCAACUGAACCUUUCAAACUUUUAAUGAUAAAAGCGCCUGACAAUGACUAUAAAACUGCUGCUUCACCUAACGGACAGCUUAAGAAUGAACAAAAAAGUACUAUCAAAAGUUCAAGAUCAAAUUAGCUUUUAACUGAUCAAAAAUUACUUACACAUGGAACUAGAUGAAACCAAAAACCUAACCAGCAAUAUCUGGAUGCACACUCAUCCUCAUGUACUGUGCUCUUAGAGAGCAAAAUAUGUGCUAUGCUGUCACCUGCUGUAAUAGAUAUAUUUUUGAACUUAAUUUGGUAGUCACAGUUUGUCUGUAUAACACAGCAGAGGUAGCUCUGUGAUGGGGUCAUCCUUAGAAUUUCCUUAGGUAGAAAUCUUAGUUCUUUAAUGAGCAUACUUAGUUGGAGACUUAAUUAUUACUGAUAGCACCUGUUAAGGGAAAAACGUGGUUUUGCACUUUGGACUAAAGUGAAACUGAACUGAUUGGUUUUACUUAUAUUUCAGUCUAAAAUACUGAAGUUUGCAUUCUUCUCACAAUAACUCUUAAGCUAAGGAUGCUUCAGGGAAGCUCACAUUUGAGCUCUUUACUAACUUGAAAAUCUUCAUUAGUUGUGUCUUCAGGUUUUAACUUUUAUCACAAGAUCUGCAGUGUAAUAUUCUAUCAUGUAUUCACGUGAUGGUAGGUGCAUGUGUGAGAAGACAAAUGAGGUAGUCUGGUGCAUACUGCAUAUGCAAGUGUCUCAAAGUAAGCUCUAAAGAAACCGUUACUACUGAUGGUGGAGGUGGUUUGUGCCUCUCUUGUGCUGCUACAGAUGUCAUACCAAUAAGGUGAUGUCAAGCUAUGUACUGAUUAGGAUAGAGAUACAUUUUUAGCUUUGUCACACAAAAAAACUUAGCUUUUCUGAACAGGAAUAGUGGUUUAGAGGAACACAGUUGCCAUUAUGUUGUAUACCUGCCUCUGUCCUGAACCAGCCAGCUGACUGAAAUACUAAUUGCAUGUGGUCCAAGUUUCAGAGAUGUUGAAAAUCCUUAUUUGAAAACAGAGGUUCUGACCCCUCUCCUCCCCACCCAUACAAAUCUUCUUGCUGUCUGCAUACUUCAGGUAUAAAGCUUACAGCCAACAAUUCCAUGUUUUACUAAGGAAGAUAUGAAUAUGAAGACUCAAUACUUUGUUCCGUGUUUGCAAAGUAGCACGUGGGUCUGUGAAUGGAACUAGAGUCUGUCAGUAAGACUCAACCCUGGGGCCUUCAAUGAGUACUGACUAGUUUGUGCUACAUGCAUAAAUGGAUGAUUGUUGGGUUUGCACUUCUUUUGGGUGGUUAAAUGAAAGAUGGGUUUGGGAUUUCCUGGUUUUAUUCUAAAUAGAAGUUUAUUUAAUUGGAGUGACUUGAAUUUUGUCUAAAAGUCCUGUUACUUCAAAUUAGGAAUGUGCUUCAUUCCCAGGGAUGUAAAACUGUUCUGCCUCAGCAUCUCUACUGGUAUCUUUGGGAGUGUGAAUCUGUAUUUGGAAAGCAGUUUUCAGCACUAUAAACUUGUAUGUUACUGUGUCAUUCAGGUUGCAGCAAAUAAUACAACUACACUUUCUUUUGA